AUGUCAGUGAAGUCAGAUGGGAAGAGGAAGUGGGCGGCAGUGAGGGGCCAUCUGGGCUCCUCCCAGGACUCAGACACCCAGCUGGAGGCCAACCUGGAGAGUGCCGACCCAGAGCUGUGCAUCCACAUGCUACAGGUGCCCAGCGUGGUCAACUACUCUGGGCUGAAGCGUCGUCUGGAGGGCAGUGAGGAGUCCUGGAUGGUCCAGUUCCUGGAGCUGAGUGGCCUAGACCUGCUGCUGGAGGCCCUGGACAGGCUGUCUGGGAGGGGCUGCUCCCGCAUCACAGAUGCCCUGCUGCAGCUCACCUGUGUCAGCUGUGUCCGGGCCAUCAUGAACUCCUCGUCUGGGAUAAACUUUAUCGUGGAGAAUGAGGGCUACAUCCGCAAACUCUCCCAAGGUUCGACAGCACCUAGGACUGAGGAGAUAUAUAGUGUUUCAUACUUAAUAAAGCUAUGGCAUCACACACACACACUUUCCAUGAAAGGUUCCAUGAAUGAGCCUUAUACUGUAUAUACAGUAUAUAUGCAGUUUAUUAGGUACACCCAUCUAAUACCGGGUCGGCUCCCACUUUUAUCGCCAGAACAGCCUGAAUUCUUUGGGGCAUGGAAACGUUGCUCAAUUGGUAUCAAGGGACCUAACGUGUGCCAGGAAAACAAUCCCCAAACCAUUACACCACCACCAGCCUAUACCGUUGACACCAGGCAGGAUGGGGCCAUGGACUCAUGCUGCUUACGCCAAAUUCUGACUCUGCCAUGAGCAUGACGCAACAGGAACCGGGAUUCGUCGGACCAGGCAAUGCUUUUCCACUCCUCAAUUGUCCAGUGUUGGUGAUCGCGUGCCCACUGGAGCCGCUUCUUCUUGUUUUUAGCUGAUAGGAGUGGAACCUGGUGUGGUCGUCUGCUGCAAUAGCCCAUCCGUAACAAGGACAAAAUAAUAGUGCGUUCCGAGAUGCCGUUCUGUUGUACUGUGCCGUUAUUUGCCUGUUUGUGGCCCACCUGUUAGCUUGCCAAAUUCUUGCCAUUCUCCUUUGACCUAUCAUCAACAAGUUGUUUUUGCCCACAGAACUGAUGCUGACUGGCAGUUUUUUGUUUGUUGCACCAUUCUCAGUAAUCCCUAGACACUGUCGUGCGUGAAAAGCCCAGGAGCCGGCCAUUUCUGAGAUACUGGAACCAGCGCGCCUGGAACCGACGAACAUACCAUGCUCAAAGUCGCUUAGGUCACUUGUUUUUCCCAUUCUAACGUUCAAUCAGUAACUGAAUGUCUCGAUGCCUGUCUGCCUGCUUUAUAUAGCAAGCCAAGGCCACGUAACUCACUGUCUGUAGGAGCGAAACAUUUUCGUGAACAGGUGGUGUACCUAAUAAACUGCCCGCUGAGUGUGUGUGUGUGUGUAUACAGUGGGGAAAAAAAGUAUUUAGUCAGCCACCAAUUGUGCAAGUUCUCCCACUUAAAAAGAUGAGAGAGGCCUGUCAUUUUCAUCAUAGGUACACGUCAACUAUGACAGACAAAUUGAGAGAAAAAAAUCCAGAAAAUCACAUUGUAGGGUUUUUAAUGAAUUUAUUUGCAAAUUAUGGUGGAAAAUAAGUAUUUGGUCACCUACAAACAAGCAAGAUUUCUGGCUCUCACAGACCUGUAACUUCUUCUUUAAGAGGCUCCUCUGUCCUCCACUCGUUACCUGUAUUAAUGGCACCUGUUUGAACUUGUUAUCAGUAUAAAAGACACCUGUCCACAACCUCAAACAGUCACACUCCAAACUCCACUAUGGUCAAGACCAAAGAGCUGUCAAAGGACACCAGAAACAAAAUUGUAGACCUGCACCAGGCUGGGAAGACUGAAUCUGCAAUAGGUAAGCAGCUUGGUUUGAAGAAAUCAACUGUGGGAGCAAUUAUUAGGAAAUGGAAGACAUACAAGACCACUGAUAAUCUCCCUCGAUCUGGGGCUCCACGCAAGAUCUCACCCCGUGGGGUCAAAAUGAUCACAAGAACGGUGAGCAAAAAUCCCAGAACCACACGGGGGGACCUAGUGAAUGACCUGCAGAGAGCUGGGACCAAAGUAACAAAGCCUACCAUCAGUAACACACUACUCCGCCAGGGACUCAAAUCCUGCAUUGCCAGACGUGUCCCCCUGCUUAAGUCCAGGCCCGUCUGAAGUUUGCUAGAGUGCAUUUGGAUGAUCCAGAAGAGGAUUGGGAGAAUGUCAUAUGGUCAGAUGAAACCAAAAUAUAACGUUUUGGUAAAAACUCAACUCAUCGUGUUUGGAGGACAAAGAAUGCUGAGUUGCAUCCAAAGAACACCAUACCUACUGUGAAGCAUGGGGGUGGAAACUUCAUGCUUUGGGGCUGUUUUUCUGCAAAGGGACCAGGACGACUGAUCCGUGUAAAGGAAAGAAUGAAUGGGGCCAUGUAUCGUGAGAUUUUGAGUGAAAACCUCCUUCCAUCAGCAAGGGCAUUGAAGAUGAAACGUGGCUGGGCCUUUUAGCAUGACAAUGAUCCCAAACACACCUCCCGGGCAACGAAGGAGUGACUUCGUAAGAAGCAUUUCAAGGUCCUGGAGUGGCCUAGCCAGUCUCCAGAUCUCAACCCCAUAGAAAAUCUUUGGAGGGAGUUGAAAGUCCGUGUUGCCCAGCGACAGCCCCAAAACAUCACUGCUCUAGAGGAGAUCUGCAUGGAGGAAUGGGCCAAAAUACCAGCAACAGUGUGUGAAAACCUUGUGAAGACUUACAGAAAACGUUUGACCUGUGUCAUUGCCAACAAGGGGUAUAUAACAAAGUAUUGAGAAACUUUUGUUAUUGACCAAAUACUUAUUUUCCACCAUAAUUUGCAAAUAAAUUCAUAAAAAAUCCUACAAUGUGAUUUUCUGGAUUUUUUUUCCUCAUUUUGUCUGUCAUAGUUGACAUGUACCUAUGAUGAAAAUUACAGGCCUCUCUCAUCUUUUUAAGUGGGAGAACUUGCACAAUUGGUGGCUGACUAAAUACUUUUUUCCCCCACUGUAUAUAUAUAUACAGUACCAGUCAAAAGUUUGGAAACACCUACUCAUUCUAGGGUUUUUCUUUAUUUUUACUAUUUUCUACAUUGUAGAAUAAUAGUGAAGACAUAAAAACUAUGAAAUAACACAUAUGGAAUCAUGUAGUAACCAAAAAAGUCUUAAACAAAUUCUUCUUGAGAUUCUUCAAAAAGCCACCCUUUGCCUUGAUGACAGCUUUGCACACUCUUGGCAUUCUCUCAACCAGCUUCAUGAGGUAGUCACCUGGAAUGUAUUUCAAUUAACAGGUGUGUCUUCUUAAAAGUUAAUUUGCGGAAUGUCUUGCCUCAAUGCGUUUGAACCAAUCAGUUGUGUUGUGACAAGGUAGGGGGGUAUACAGAAGAUAGCCCUAUUUGGUAAAAUACCAAGUCCAUAUUAUGGCAAGAACAGCUCAAAUAAGCAAAGCGAAACGACAGUCCAUCAUUACUUUAAGACAUGAAGGUCAGUCAAUACGGAACAUUUCAAGAACUUUGAACGUUUCUUCAAGUGCAGUCGCAAAAACCAUCAAGCGCUAUGAUGAAACUGGCUCUCAUGAGGACCGCCACAGGAAUGGAAGACCCAGAGUUAACUCUGCUGCAGAGGAUAAGUUCAAUAGAGUUACCAGCCUCAGAAAUUGAAGCCCAAAUAAAUGCUUCACAGAUUUCAAGUAACAGCCACAUCUCAACAUCAACUGUUCAGAGGGGACUGUUUGAAUCAGGCCUUCGUGGUCGAAAUGCUGCAAAGAAACCACUACAAAAGGACACCAAUAAGAAGAAGAGACCUGCUUGGGCCAAGAAACACUAGCAAUGGAUAUUAGACCAGUGGAAAUUUGUCCUUUGGUCUGGAGUCCAAAUUGGAGAUUUUGGGUUCCAACCACCGUGUCUUUGUGAGACGCGGUGUGGGUGAACGGAGGAUCUCAGAAUGUGUAUUUCCCACCGUAAAGCAUGGAGGAGGAUGUGUUAUGGUGUGGGAUUGCUUUGCUGGUGACACUGGUCUGUGAUUUAUUUAGAAUUUAACCAGCAUGGCUACCAACCAAUUGAGAUGGUUUGGGAUGAGUCCCAAAUGUAAAUGUAAUGAGUCGGACAGCAGAGUGAAGGAAAAGCAGCCAACAAGUGCUCAGCAUAUGUGGGAACUCCUUCAAGACUGUUGGAAAAGCAUUCCAGGUGAAGCUGGUUGAGAGAAUGCCAAGAUUGUGCAAAGCUGUCAUCAAAGCAAUGGGUGGCUAUUUUAAGAAUCUCAAAUAUAAAAUAUAUUGUGAUUUGUUUAACACUUUUUUGGUUACUACAUGAUUCCAUAUGUGUUAUUUUAAAGUUUUGAUGUCUUCACUAUUAUUCUACAAUCUAAAAAAUAAUACAAAUAAUGAAAAACCCUUGAAUGAGUAGGUGUGUCCAAACUUUUGACUGGUACUGUAUAUAUAUAUAUAUAUAUAUAUAUAUAUAUAUAUAUAUAUAUAUACACACAGUAUAAUACUUAAUAAUUUUUAUUCAGUUGUGCAUAAUUGUAAUCAAAUAUAAAAUCAACCCCAUAAAAUACCUAAGUAGAUUUAGGAAUUUCAAAGAAGUACCAUGGCAACAUGGAACAAUUCAGGUCAGAUAUAGGCCAUUGUGUCAGACAAAGUGUAUGGAGGGGGACACUGUGUGGAGGGACAGUACAUUGCAACAUCUUCACACACACUAACAAACUUAUCACAAACAAAACACUUUUUCGUAAAGGUAAGUUCACGUUACGUUGCCUUUAGAUGAGCCAUAACAUCCUAGAGGACACCAGACAAGGGAGAAGGAGAAAGGUAGGCUGGAAUAUGAGGACAAUGACCAUGUGUACACUGACUGAUGUCUCUGACUAUGUCUUACCACAGCCUUGGACACGUCCAAUACCAUGGUGAAGAAGCAGGUGUUUGAGCUGCUUGCUGCCCUGAGCAUGUUCUCCUCUAAUGGGUAUCGUCUGGCCCUGGAUGCCCUGGACCACUACAAGGCAAGUGUCAUACAGCUAGACAAGCUGUCACUAGUGGACAGAGGCUAUAUACCAUACACCUACAGGAUAAGUGGCCUAAUUCAGAUUUAGGAAGGAUAAUGAGAGAAAAUGAACAAUGUUGGGGGAAACAAUGUGUGUGGUUUUGAUGAAAAUGUACUGAAAUCAGAUAUGACACGUUUUUUGUAACAUGUUAUUUCAGCUCAAAGGAAUCUCAUUAAAUAGGCUAAUUAAAGUCAUUUUUUAUCAUCCCAGACAUUACUGAACAACCAUACACUGUAUGCACCUAGUAUUGCCCUCUAGUGUACAUAUGUUGAACUGCUUAAGUGACUUCAUUGGGUUAUCUAGUAAUGUCCACAGUUGUCAAUACAUUGAUUAAUGUUACUCACUGAUCAACAUUAGAGCAUUAUGGGGAUAGGAGCUGUCCUCACACAGCAGGAGUGAAUGACAUACAGAAUGACUAAUGUGUUACUUUGGCUCCCAGGGUGUGAAGACCCAGCAGUAUCGCUUCAGUGUGAUCAUGAACGAGCUGCAGGCCACAGACAACGUGCCCUACAUGGUCACCCUCCUCAGUGUCAUCAACGCCAUCAUCUUUGGGACAGAUGACCUGCGACAGAGAGAUAAGAUGCGCAAGGAGUUUAUCGGUACAGCGCAUUGUUUAUCUUCACUACUCAGCCACUCAGUUCAUCUGGUCACACGUUGAAACACCAGGGGGAUGAGAAUGCAGAGUAAAUAGGCCAUUUGGCAACAGUUCCAUUGCUAAUCUAUGUCACUGGGUACUUUUAGCUAUAUGCCUGCCAGCAAUCUGUCUCCUCCCAGUGAGAAAAAUGACGGUGAAAAUUAGGUUAAUUUUCGGUUCUGAAUGAAAGUUGAAAAUAUGUAUUUUCCUGAUGUUGGAAAUACAUAUUUUACAGACUUUGAAAAUACGUUAUUAACAUAUGUUAAAAAUACUUAUUUUACGGACGUUUAAAAUACAUAUUUUUUCGGUCAUUGUUUCUAUGGCCAAAUUUCAACCAUACAUAAGUUCACAUACUGUAUAUCUACAUGUCAAUAAAGAAAGCAUUUGAUCACAUUCAACAUUUUGAACUCCAAUUAAAAUAGGAAACUGGAGCAAACCGAAGAUUGCAGAAUGGAAUAUUUAUUAUUCCUCCCAUUUAUCACCUUAGCUUUUUCUAUUUUAGCUUUUUCAAAAGCUUUAGAAUUGGCAGUGAAAAUGUUCAGAGUUUUCAGACUUACACAAUAAAAAACAAUAGAACACUUCAACUACAAAACAUUUCUCAUUAACGGUUACAGAAACGUUUUUCUUGCUAUGACUGUGAUAUGUGGUUGUUUAUUUACCUUAGUUGAAUGCACUGACUGUUAGUUUCUCUGGAUAAGAGUGUCUGCUAAAGGCCCAAAAUGUAAAUGUAAAAAGGAACACUUUCAAACCAUGCUGGGUAUUUUUCUAAUUUGGUUGGUCUGGACCGGACGUCUAUGUCUUAUAAGUUUGGACAGCACAGUACAGUGCAGCACAGUACAGUAGAGCACAGUAGAGUUUAGUUCAGUACAGUAGAGUACAUUACAGUACAGUAGAGUUCAGUUCAGUAAAGUACAGUACAGUACAGUAGAACACAGUAAAGUACAGUAAACUACAGUAGGAUAUAGUACAGUACAAUAUAGUACAUUAUACUGUACUUUACUCUAAUGUGCUCUAGUGUACUGUACUCUACUGUAUUGUACUGGAUCAUACUCUACUUUACUGUACUGUACUGUACUGUACUGUACUGUACUGUACUCUGAUGUGCUCUAUUGUACUGUACUUGUGAAACAUAGACAUCUAUGAUUGGUUCAGAUUUGGUCUAUUGACGUCUAUGUCCGUCCGCGCCCUGGCCUUGAUUUUUUAACGUCCACAGACCAAAAAACGACGUCUAUGGACGCUGAAAUCAAGGCCAGGGCUAACCAAAUUUCAAGCAUAGACUUCGGUGUCAGAACGGUGCUCGUCCCUAAACACUUGAAUCUUGGUCAACCAUCACAUAUUCUGGUUUGAAAGUAGGCCUAUUCAUUUGUAUUUUACAUAGAUGGUGGUACCUGAAUCGUUUUUGGUUUUUGAAAAAUCUGUGUUUUAUCUGGGAAAUCAAGAUUAGGCCUAUAGAUUUGUGUGCUGAAUAUGUUGAAGAAAUAUGGGCAUAGUAGUCCUAUCAACAUUGUAUGUACAAUAUUAUGGUUCUUGACAGGUUACAGUAUUGUCCAGGAACUGGCUUCGAUUUAGGCCUACCUGUUUAUGAUCAGAAGCCAAUAACAGAAGAUUGUCUGAAGUCUGUCAAGUCACCGUUCUCAUCCUUUUGUGAAAUUGCCAUUCACGGAAAAUGUGUAAUGCAUUUUUUUAUUCUUCAAAAAUCCUGUAAAUGUGUUCGAAGUCGUUCCACAUCCCCGUUCCACUGCGGAUUGAUUAAUUAUAUCCCAACUCGCUCACCUGCGAUCAAAAUCACACGCUGAUUCCCAUCACGCAAAUUCUAGUUCACAUUCUGCGGUGUUCCAACUUUGUAAUACUACAAAGUAGGAAACUGAUCAAUUGGGAGGUGGUUCAUUGUUUUUGUCACUGUCUUAUAAAGUUUAUUUUUUCCAGGAUUACAGUUACUUGAUAUACUGCCCAAAUUGAGGUGAGUGCCUUGACUGACUUUCUCGUUUCAUUGUGAUUUAUUUGUCGUGUGCAGAUAAAUGAAAUGCCCAUGCAUUGGUCAAGCGCAAUAACAUUUGAGUGAAAUGUAAAACAAAACUUUUAUUUACCUUAACAUUUAUUAAUUUACUUGUUGAUUUGAUGGUCAAGUGGGAAGUACAUGUAAACAGGCUAUUUGCUCAAUAGACCCUUUUGAAUAAAUUACUUGGUGUGUGUGUGACCUCCAGAGAUGAGGAGGAUGAGGACUUGAUCAUUCAGUGUGAAGCGUUUGAAGAGGCUAUGGUUGAGGAUGAGGAGGAGCUGCUGAGGGUCUAUGGAGGCAUCGACAUGAGCAGUCAUCAGGAGGUGUUCACCACCCUCUUCAACAAAGUGAGCACAGCUGUCAGCUGCGCUACCAUAACACCGCAUGCCACCUUCUCUUAGCAUCAUGGCAAGUACUGUAAACAAUUGAAUUACAAAUGCACUUUAAAUAAGGUUUGGUUGUGUGUUGGUCCACCUCCAGGUGAGCAGCUCUCCGUCAUCUCUCCAGCUGCUGUCCAUCCUACAGGCCCUGCUGCUGCUGGGGCCCGACAGGGCUGGCAUCUGGCAGACCCUGGAGGCCCUCACUAACAGGGCCAUACUGCUGGAUCAGGACUGUGAGUCCUCUGAGGCAAUAAGUUGUCCCCUAAGAGAGUUAUGGGUAAAGGACUGGAGUCUGGGUGAAUGUCGACUAAGAUCAAAAGUGCAUAGAUUGUAUUUAUUUUUGGUAGAAUUCUGUAGAUUUCAGUGUUUGUGUAUGAUUCUGUGCUCCAGCACCAAUGGACUCCUGUGAGACGAUUAUGCAACGCCUGGUGUUCGCCAAGCGCAGGAACGCUGGUGUCCAUGCUGUGGAUGGUCUGCCACCCAAGAAGAUUGAUAAGGCUGUUCAGACUGAUAUGGUGGACGAUGACCAAGAGAGACUGACCAAAUGCCCCACAACCUCCCAAGUGUCUUCUCCUCCCCCACCCCCACCCCUUCCACCUUCCCUACCUCCCAAUAUGAUGGGACCAGGGCCCCUUCAGUGCACACCUCCCCCUCCUCCACCCGCCUCUCUGACACUACCACACACAGGAGAUGGAGUACCCCCACCACCUCCACCUCUUCCAGCAAUGGGGGUGCCCCCAGGGUGCACACCCCCACCCUUGCCCGCCAUGCCUCCACCACCACCACCUCCUCCUCCUGUCAUGGGUGGCAUGGUGGUGGCCCAAAGUAGCCAAUCCCUGGGGUGUGCCUGUGCUGCCUCCUCCAAGGCAGGCCGCUGCCCCACCCUGAGGAUGAAGAAGCUCAACUGGCAGAAGCUCAGAGCUGUCACUGGUGAGUGAAAAACCUUGACAUCUCUUUAAUGAACCUCCCCUGUGUUUACAGAGGCAGUCUGCUCUAUUUCAGAGGGGAAAAGAUUGUCUGAUAGUACAGCAUAGAGAAUAAUUGUAUUAGGUCAUUCCAGAUGUGUUGUGGUUAUUCUCUUGCUCCUUUCACAAAACACACAGAUGGUCAUUCCAUGUGGACCUCUGCCCAGAAAGACGCUCCUCGGGAGCCCAACUACUCCAGCAUUGAGCAGCUGUUCUGUCUCCCGGUGACCGAACACAAAGACAAGGGGGCAGCUGCUCAUGUCAAGAAGGAGCCUAAAGAGGUGCAGUGGUCAACACUCACUACAGCGCUCAUAUCUGGAGCACACCAAAAACAUGGCUCAUUAUGAAUCCUAAAACAACAACCUCCCUAACAAAAUAUUUGUUCCCCUCUUCUCUUUACAGAUCUCCUUUAUUGACGCAAAGAAGAAUUUGAAUUUGAACAUAUUUCUCAAGCAAUUCAAAUGGUAAUGUAAUUUAUCAUCAAGUUGAUAUUGAUUUCAAUGUUGUUUUUACCCCAUUGAGCUGACUUGUUUUUCUCCAUGCUCCUCUAUCUAGCUCACAUGAUGAGUUUGUGUCCUUGAUUCAGAAUGGGGAUCGGACAAAGUUUGAUGUGGAGGUGUUGAAGCAACUUAUUAAACUCUUACCUGAGAAACAUGAGGUUGGUAUAAGGUGUACUUUCCUAAUUUCUCUUCAUAUAUAAAACAGGGUAAUGUUUACUUUUUUGUAUUAGUUAUAUUCUUUUGAUAUUGAAUAUUGCACUGUUGGGUAGGGCUUGCAAAGUUAAGCAUUGAACAAUUUGAGGGUAAUGACUGAUCUGAAGCACUCUCUUUUUUCUCUAUCUAGAUAGAAAACCUGAAAUCCUUCCAGGGAGAAAAAGACAAGUUGGCCAAUGUUGACCGAUUCUACAUCUCUAUCCUGGCUGUACCAUGGUAACUGCUAUUCCUCUCCUCGCUUUCAACAUUUCUGGCACCUCACAGGAUACUUUGUGUGGAGAUUCAUCUUUGGCUGUGAUCAUUAACAGAAUCUGGUUUCUGUGUUUUUGUUUGGCACUUCCUUGAAUUGUCUUGCUUAAUUCCCUAUGGCAUCUCUUCCCUCCCUAUACCAUCCCUACUUCGUAUCCCCUCUCCCGCUCUUUCUCUUGUGCCUCCCCACAGUUACCAGCUGAGGAUAGACUGCAUGCUGCUGUGUGAGGAGACAGCCUCCAUACUGGACAUGCUCAAGCCCAAAGCAGAGGUGGUUGAAGCAGCAUGCCAGUGUAAGUCAACACCAACUUCCCUGUAUAAACACUCAUUUUACAGUGACUGCUCUAUUCAUCAAUUACAUAUUUGUGAAAGCUAUCAGAGGACACUGUAAGGUUGAUUAUGAACUAUUUUGUUUGUUGGAAAUAUCAACAGAGCGAGACUAACCACUGUUUUAUGUAGUACAAAUUGUUGCUUGUGCUGGAAAGGUUUUAUCUAUUCAAGUUGGAGAUGCAGGUCUAUCGAAUCAUAGUUUUUGUGUUGGUUUUUCAAACAUUUUGCAUAGAAUGUUUCAACAUUUAAAAAAAUUCCCCCUCAGGUCUCAGAGUGAGCACUCUCAUGCCCAGUUUCUGCAGGCUCAUCCUUGAUGUGGGAAACUUCCUCAACUAUGUAAGUAAGGACUCUCCAAAGGAUGGCAUUCUACUCAUCCAAAAACAGCACUUAUGCAGUCUGAAAAAAACUCCUGACUGUUUGUUCACAGGGAUGUCACACAGGGAACGCUGAGGGCUUUAAAAUCAGCUCCCUGCUGAAGCUGACUGAGACUAAGGCCAACAAGAGCCGCAUUACCCUGCUCCAUCACAUUCUAGAGGUAACACUAUCAUAAAUAAGGAUGAGCUUUUCUGAGAAUAAAAGCUACUGUGUGGUCAGUGCUAAACUCCUGACUGAGCAUUUUGUUUACAGGAAGCAGAGCUGAACCACCCAGAGCUAUUGGACCUCCCUGACGACAUUGAGAUUUGUGAAAAAGCAGCUGGGUAUAACAUCCUUUUAUUAAAAAAUAAAUAAAAAUGUUUUAUUAUGAGCUCUGCAAUUGAUACAUAAAUGAUUUAAAUUACAUCAAAAAUUGUAAAUAUACAUUUUUAUCCUUCAGAAUCAACCUGGACUCCAUUCAGGCAGAAGCCAGUGCCUUACUCCAUCGACUAAAAGAAGCAUCAAAGAAAGUCUCUAUCUCUGUGGAUGAUGUAAAGCAGCAGUUCACAAAGGUAUUUGAGGUAUGGAACCAGUGAAUUAGAUUAUAUUGUGGAUCAAUGCAUCACAAUAUUGACAAGAGUUAGUGUUUUUUUUUUAUUCUUUGGAGGAGGUCAACCAACUAUACAAAGUUGUUCUUUAAGGCAAUGGUUCAACUGCUUGUUUCCCUCCCCAAGAAAAACCUGGAGGCCUGCCGGGAUUUUGAGGACAGUUUUUUGGAGAUUGUGAGGAAGAAGGGUGACCUGGCCCUCUACCUGUGUGAGGAUGUCAACCAGCUCUCCCUGGAGGAGCUCUUCGGCACCAUCAAGACCUUUCGGGGACUUUUCAUCAAAGCCUUAAAAGUCAGAGGAGCACAUCACAAAUAGACGGAAUUCCACAAGUUUAGAUAGCUGCUAAUAAUGCAUACUGAUUUCCAUCACUAGUACACUGAAGAUAAAGGUUUUCUAUGGAGUAGCCUGGUGUAAUCUCUUUCGCAAUGUUCUAUUUACACCCACAGGAAAACAAAACCAGAAAAGAACAGGCUGUGAAGGCGGAGAAAAGGAAGAAGCAGCUUGACGAGGAGGAAUCCAAAAGACAGAAGGGGGAGAACGGAAAAAUAAGUGAGUUCUACUGAUAUCUCCUCUGUCAAAUGAGUCCAACUAUGUUUUGUAUUCACACUAAGAUGAUAAAGCGUAGCCAGCCAUGUGGUGUCUUAAUGUCUCUCUUUCUCUAUCCUCUGUCACCAGUCCGGAAAGGACCCCCGCCACAGGACGAUGGCUGUAUUAUCGACCACCUUCUUGCUGAUAUCCGGAAAGGCUUCCAUCUCAGGAAGACGCGGCCCAGGUGCGAAACGGAAAGCCCCCCCUCUAGUGAAAUGAAUAGGAAAACGGGCCAGCCCGGUAAGGACAAGACGACUCUGACUCUGUCCUGCCUCCAGCUCCGCUCCUACUCUCCUGCAUUGAACCAUAACCAGGCUUCCAUUUGUGCUUUUGUGCAGCCACUACUACUACCACCAAUUACACUUGCUUAAUUUAACCAAGAAUGUGUGCUUGGUCAUGCUUCUUUGUGUAUUUUCUUAAGAAACACCACUUGCUAGAUUCAAACAUUGCCUGCAUUAAGAAUGAUGACAUGUUUGGAAUGUCUGGUACAGUAGACCUGCUCUUCCUAUCUAUCUUCAUACAUUAACAGAACCUCCUUCUCCUCUGCAGGAUCAAGUGUCAAGCCUGUAAUAGAAGAAGCCAAAGCCUCGGUCUCAGAAGCCUCCAGCACUCCUAGUCCCACUCAACCCCAGGCAGAGGAGAGGGCCCCAAGAGAAGGAAUGAAUGGUCCCAGCAAACCCCAAGAAAAAACAGCUUUUUCAAGCCUUCCCACAAACAAUUUACCAACACAGGAGAUACCGGGAAUGGGUGUCCUACAUAACACCCCAAGCCUCUCUACCUUCACAGAUGCAGACCUGCCUGAAAUCAACCAGAUGGUAAUGGAGGACUUGAUGCCUGAAUGUCCACAGAGCAAUGGAGAGAGUCACCUUAAUGGAGCCUGCACACUUCCUGUCACUGAUAUGGACAUGGUGAUAGAGAGUAAUGGUGAAAGCAACCUGAUAGGAAAAAAAACCAUUGGCCAAGAUGAAGUUGGAGGUAAGAGCAGCAGCAUGAUGGUAAAGACUUUUGGACAAGAUGAGGCUGGGGAUGACAUGAUGGUGAAGAUGGUGGCACAGGAUGAGGGUGUAACUAAUGGACACCCAGACACCAAUGGCAGCACAGACACCAAUGGCAACACAAACACCAAUGGCAACGUACCUUUAGUCAGUGCGGCUGAAAGCGGAACGGCGUGCGAUGUGCCCGAUGGAGUGGACUCUGAAGAUCUGCUCUCAUCAGUAUCCGAAGCUCUGCCUGCAUCUGGAACCCUAAAACCAGAGGAUAAGAAACAGCAGAAGCUCUUUGGAAGUAACAAAAAGAAGAAUAAUGGAGGUAAUGUAUUCAUUCAUUAUAAUAAAGAUCAUGUUUGGAACUGUGGUCUCCUGAAGUGUCUGAGAGGGAGAUUUCUCCCUUUUUUUAUG